AUGGUUUCUCCAUCCCAAGUUUAUAGAUCUACUAGAUCCUCUGACAACGAGGUUAAAUCUUUCGAAGCUGCCGUUAUUCAAGGUUUAGCGAGCGACGGUGGUUUAUUCAUCCCACCUACCAUUCCUCAAGUCAGUGAAGAUGAGCUUUUCAACAAAUGGUCGAAGUUAUCCUUCCAAGAGUUGGCUUACGAAAUUAUGAAAUUGUAUAUUUCUGAAAGUGAAAUUCCAGAAAAAGACUUGAAGGACUUAAUUAAUAGAUCCUAUUCCACUUUCCGUUCAAAUGAUGUCACUCCAUUAGUAAAAAACACCACAGGUUCCUCGAAUAAUCUACAUGUUUUAGAAUUAUUCCAUGGUCCAACUUACGCUUUCAAAGAUGUUGCCUUACAAUUCGUAGGUAACUUAUUCGAAUAUUUUUUACAAAGGACAAAUAAGGACUUACCAGAAAACGAGAGAAAACAACUUACCGUCGUUGGUGCCACAUCUGGUGACACUGGUUCUGCUGCUAUCUAUGGUUUAAGAGGUAAGAAAGAUGUUUCCGUCUUUAUCUUAUACCCAACCGGCAGAAUUUCACCAAUUCAAGAAGAACAAAUGACAACGGUCGCCGAUGAAAACGUCCAAACCUUAUCUGUCAAAGGUACCUUCGACAACUGUCAAGAUAUUGUCAAAGCCAUCUUCGCCGACAAAGAAUUUAACUCCAAACAUAAUGUUGGUGCUGUUAAUUCUAUUAACUGGGCUAGAAUUUUAGCACAAAUCACCUACUAUUUCUAUUCAUACUUCCAAGCUACAAACGGCAAAAAGAAUAAGGUUAAAUUUGUUGUCCCAAGUGGUAAUUUCGGUGAUAUCUUAGCUGGUUACUUUGCCAAAAAAAUGGGUCUUCCUGUCGAGAAAUUAGUGAUUGCUACAAAUGAAAACGAUAUUCUAGAUAGAUUCUUGAAGUCAGGAACCUACGAAAGAUCCGAUGAAGUGGCUGCAACUUUAUCUCCAGCUAUGGAUAUUUUAAUCUCAUCUAACUUUGAAAGACUGCUUUGGUUUUUGGCCAGAGAAUAUUUAGCUUCCAACGAUGAUUUGAAGGCUGGUGAAAUUGUCAACGACUGGUUCAACCAAUUGAAAACGGAGGGUAAAUUCCAAGUCUCCUCCACUGCUAUCGAAGGCGCAUUAAAGGAUUUUGACUCUGAAAGAGUUUCAAAUGAAGAAACCAUCGAAACCAUCAAGAACAUCUACCAAAUUUCUGAAAAUCCAAAACAUUAUAUCUUAGACCCACACACUGCUGUCGGUGUCUGUGCAACUCAAAGAAUCAUGGCUAAGGAUAAUGAUGCUUCUACUCACUAUAUCUCUUUAUCUACUGCUCAUCCAGCCAAGUUUGCAGAUGCUGUCAAUCAAGCUUUAUCAUCUUUCCCAGAAUACUCAUUUGAAAAGGAUGUGUUACCUGAAGAAUUAAAAAAAUUAUCAACUCUUCCAAAGAAAUUAAGAUUUGUUGAAAAAGCUGAUAUUGAAUUGGUUAAGGUUGCCAUUGAAGAAGAGUUGGCCAAGAUGAAAUUAUGA